CCAAGAUGGCGGCUUCCAUCGGCUCUUAUUAUCCCUGUCGUUGCUUUUAAACGAUUAACAGUGUUUUAUCGGUAGUGUAAACUCAUGCCAAGGCGGGACAGACAGAGAGCUGACAGGACCUGAGUCGUCGCCAAUGACUGGCAUAAGCGGUUUCCUCAUGGUUGACCUGUGCAGGGAGCCGGUCUUGGUGUCGACUUGAGGGAGGGCUGUCAUAUCCGAGUAUGGCCACUGAAAACAGGAUCAAUUUUUGGAGGAAAAACGCAAAGGUUCCCGGAAGUGUGCAGCCUGUUUAUGGAGCACAGCAUCCUCCUCUGGACCCACGACUGCGACGCUUGUAUCCCAAAGACACAAAGCUGAAGUUCAACAAUCUCAAGUCUAAAAAGACGUCAAGCUUUCAUGAGUUUGCUCGCAGCACGAACGAUGCUUGGGACAUUGAUGACGAUGAGGAAGAUGACGAUUUCCUUGCUGGCCCUGCCCUCUGUUCUUCCCUGCCAUCUGGCGCACACUCAGCAUUCACUCAGAAGCAGCAAGACAUGUCUGGGGUCACACAUAGUGGAAUGUCACACUCAACAGAGGAGGACACCGAGCACAAGCAUGUCAAUGGCAAAGUUGUCAAGUCAAACAGCGAGGUCCACCUCUGCACGUCCUCAGUUCGAUCCACACUUCAGAAGCAGCAGUCUCUCCCGGUUCGGCCCAUCAUCCCACUGGUGGCACGCAUUUCAGACCAGAACGCAUCAGGAGCCCCUCCCAUGACGGUGAGGGAGAAGAGCCGGCUGGACAAAUUCAAGCAGCUGCUGGCUAGUGCCAACACUGACCUUGAGGAACUCCGGAAGCACAGCUGGUCAGGUAUACCAAGGGAAGUCCGUCCAAUCACAUGGAGGCUUCUCUCUGGUUACCUGCCGGCCAAUAAGGAGCGCAGGGAGCUAGUUCUCAAAAGGAAGCGAGAAGAAUACUUUGGCUUCAUUGUUCAAUAUUAUCACUCCAGAACAGAUGAGCACUACAAAGAUACAUACCGACAGAUUCACAUCGACAUUCCAAGGACCAACCCUCUCAUUCCAUUGUUUCAGCAGCCCGUAGUGCAAGAGGUGUUUGAGCGUAUUCUCUUCAUCUGGGCAAUUCGACACCCGGCCAGUGGUUAUGUCCAGGGAAUCAAUGAUCUAGUCACACCCUUUUUUGUUGUCUUCCUCUCUGAGUUUGUCAUGGAGGACAUGGAGAACUUUGAGGUAGCUGCCCUGCCUCUGGACACUCAAAGAAACAUUGAGGCUGACAGUUUCUGGUGUAUGAGCAAGCUGCUGGACGGAAUACAGGACAAUUACACCUUUGCUCAGCCGGGAAUCCAGAACAAAGUCAAAGCUUUAGAGGAGCUUGUCAGUCGGAUUGACGAGGACAUUCACAAUCAUUUCAAAAAGUAUGAGGUGGAGUAUUUACAGUUUGCGUUCCGCUGGAUGAACAAUCUGUUGAUGAGGGAGCUGCCACUGCGUUGUACGAUCCGUCUCUGGGACACCUACCAGGCUGAAGCAGAAGGAUUUUCCCACUUUCACUUGUACGUCUGCGCCGCAUUCCUCAUUGAAUGGCGCAAAGAAAUUCUCUCUAUGGUUGACUUUCAGGGCCUUCUUAUACUACUGCAGAACCUUCCCACAAUCCACUGGGGUAAUGAAGAAGUAGGCCUCCUCUUGGCUGAAGCUUAUAGACUGAAGUACAUGUUUGCAGAUGCUCCCAGUCACUACAAGAGAUAGGCUUCCUAUUCACAGCACAUUCUGUGCUUAAAGAUGUGAAGUCAAACUAGACUGACAGAAGUAGUCACUCGAUUCUUCGACUCACUUCAACUCUCUUCGUCUCGGACGUUCCCUCAAAGACACUGAUGUCUCUGAGGCUUCGGAUUAUCCCGCUAAAACAAUCCCGAGAAAAUGAGCCUCAUGGUGAAGGUCACACUGGAGUACGGAGGUCCACACGGUGAAUGAGGGCCGUCCUUGUUUGCAAUUUGACACUGGACUGUUACACUAUUACACUAUAAAGCACAUGCCUUUGCCAUCUUGCUCCAGUCGUGCAACUGAUUGUUUCUCCUGUCUAAUGUAUUUUCAGAAGAACAUUUUGUGAUGUAAAGGGAUGAUGAAUGUCUGUGAGAUCAUCCUUGGUAAACACAUUUUAUUUUGUACUGAUUUUGAAGUUAUUGUUUUAAGGAGCUGCAGAGACAUGGAGAAGUACAGUACAGUACUUUGAUAUAGUUUGAACAGUGGAAAGUUGUUAUAUAAAUAAGGUCAAACCCGCGUCACUCCCAACUCCCCCUUUAGAAAAAAGUUGCUAGGUGUGAUUAGAAUGAUCUGCACUACACAAUCAGCCAAUCCAACUUCUCUGCUUCAGAGAAAGGUCCACUUAAUCUCAAUACUAGGAUCAUUUACAGUCUCCUACUUUAUUUCAUUGUGUUUUCAGGUAAGUACAAAAAGUAGCAAAAAAAGAUGGAUGUUAACGGUAUACUUUUAGCAAGGUGAAAUUUAAGAAAGCAUUUUCAGUUUGGCUGUGAAUUUUAAUGCCACACUGCUUGAGGGGAAAUGCGGCACCAGGUUAAUGUAGCUUUAGAAAAAAAUAACCAAUAAAUAAUAUAGCUUUAGAACUCAUUUCGAGCUUACUUUAUCCUACAAGUAACACCAAUUGGUUUAAAUUGAAUGUUUUAAUAUUUCAGUUAAGGUAGUCAAGCUAUAGCGCAUGUGCUUCCUUCAGGAAUUGGUGUUUCAUAGUUUUGACCCUUGAUUCGAUACACAGAAAAAUAAAUAAUAUUGAUAAUAGUUAUUAGUAGAUUAGUUUUCUCCAACAAUAUUGACUGUGUUGUGAGAGCAGCAGUCUUCUGUAUGAGCAGCCAUCCUGGUUUUGAAUGAUUCUAUAUACUUAAUGAUUUAGUCAGUGGUACUGAAGGACACUGGUGAGUAUUCCAAUUGUAUUCAAAGUGCAACCCUGCUGUACUUCAAACAGUCCUGUGCAAGCAGUGCAGCUCAGGAGUAUAUGAUGAUGCCUUUGUGAAGAUGUGCGCCUGUCUUUUGCGAUGUAACAUAAAUGCUUCGUCAUCUGUCCCGCUUUUUAUGUCUCUGUUUGAUUCAGACUGUUCCCUAUUUGCAACAUCGGAAAUAAUGAAUGAGAUUUGGGGAUUGGUAGAGGAAUAGGGGAGUUACCGCCCAUGUAUUCUUAUUGCAGGAAACACAUUAUGAACAUACAUUUUGCAUUUGGAAGAUUUGACAAUCAUAAGCUUUGGUAAUGAUGUUUCCAUAAAUGGGAGUAGGUAAUGUAGAUCAACUAAAUGCUUUGGCAUGCUAUCUCUAAUGCCUGGAUGCCUGGUUUGUGUGGCAGCUAUAUGACAAAAUUGAUGGUCAGGAAUCAUUUUUAUUCCAUUCUAAUAUGUCAAUUCACCCAUAAUAAGGCAGAGCUACUGACUGAGUAUUAACAGUAAAUAAGGUGCUGAUAAUAGGUACUACCUUGUACCUAAUUUGGGGCAGAAAAUUGUCAUCCAUCAAUAUGUUUUUAUUUUGUCACUUUUCUUUAGGCAUGUUUUGUUUUUUUUAAGCGCUACAAUAUAUUUACUUGCUUCUUCAUUCCGGUACAAUUUCACUCAUGCAUCUCUUCAAGGUAUUGUUCUUUCCGUCUUUCUUUGUUUUUUUCAUACUUGUUCAAUACAUGGCGUUGUUUUUAACUGAUGACUAAAAAAAACGUGUUCAUGGAUGUGUGUUGUUGCUGUUUAAUCAAUAUAUGCCAAAUCUUUCUUUGGGCCAAGGCAAGCUGGUUUAGAAUGAGUCUGUAGACAGUUACUGCAGCCUUAAAGGGAGUAUUUAAUUAUUACAGUAUCUGCUGUAUAUUAUUUUUGUUUAUAUUAAACGAUUGUUAUUUUUGUUUUGGG